AUGAGUUUCGAUCUUCCUUCUGUUGACGAAAUCAAACGCGCGGCCGAGGUUGGCCAGCGCAUCACACCCGAAGAUGUCUCGGUCAUAGCACAGGCGGAGAGCGAGUUGACGGGCACAGGGCCCGUGAGAGGAGGGCCUGCAGCGACGGCGCAGAGCCUGGCGAUGCGGCAGAUGAACUUUGACACGAAGUUGGAUGAGAUCUCGAGGAAGCCGCAGAGUCAUAUAACCCAGGAGGAUGCACGAGAGAUACAGGCUACGGAGGUCAGUCUGCCACUCGCUAGUGAUGUUCUUUAUGGCGUCAAAACGAAACGGUCUAACGAUUUUCUCGCGCAGGGUCGUGCAUUUAACAAGCCGCCUGGGGUGGGCUCCGUCGCCGCUCAGGUUCGCUCCAUCGCCAACCGGAACGAGGCACUGGGACUUCCACCUGUCAAUGCAGAUGUUUCUGUAUAUGUGACAAAGGAUGAUGCGCGAGAGGCGCAAAGUGCUGAAGCGUCGGUGUAUGGAGGACAGAACCCCGCGGGCGGGAUGGCGGCUCAGAUGCAGAGCGCUGCCGAUAAGAUAGAGCAUAUCAGAAGAUGCAGCGAGUAG